AUGCCCCACCAAAGUCAGGAUGCCCAACAGCUCCGUUGCAAAGCUGCCAUCUCCAACCAAGACUCCAGCUUUGACUUCACCUCUUCACAGGCAGAGCAGGGAACGCUAGCCGAGCAUGCCUUGUCUGUCACGGAGGCCAUCAAGACAUAUCCAAUGGCUAUAUUCUGGGCCUUGAUGGUGUCCCUCACCGUCGUCAUGGAAGGAUACGACACAGCUCUCAUUGCCAGCUUCUUUGCGUAUCCGCCAUUCGUCCAGAAAUACGGCCAAUUUGCCGACGAGAAUGGCCAGCAUCAGCUGUCUGCGCCGUGGCAGGCUGGGCUGGCCAACUGUGGUGUCGUCGGCGCCUUCUUCGGCACCCUGAUCAACGGCCUGCUUGUCGACCGGUUCGGACAGAGGAGGGUGCUAGUCGGUGCCCUCGUCCUCCUCUCUGGCUUCAUCUUCAUGAACUUUUUUGCACCAAACAUUAUCGUUCUGGCCGUCGGGCAGCUUCUCUGCGGCUUCCCCUGGGGCAUAUUUACCUCGUCGGCACCGGCGUACGCGUCCGAGGUGCUGCCGCUCAGCCUGCGCGUUUACCUCACCUCGUACAGCAACAUGUGCUUCAUUAUUGGCCAGUUGAUUGCAGCCGGUGUUCUGGUCAGACUUGUCGAUCGGACAGACGAGUGGGCGUACCGCGUCCCGUUUGCCAUUCAGUGGUUGUGGCCGGCCGUACUCGUCGUACCGCUCUGCUAUCUUCCGGAGUCGCCGUGGUACUGGGUACGGAAUGGCAAGAUGGACGAGGCCGAGAAGUCCCUGCGUAGAUUGCAGCGAAAACACGCAAAUAUUGAUACAAAGGCUACGUUGGCAAAUAUUGUCCACACCAAUGAGCUCGAGAAGAAGCAUGCCGCCGGCACCAGCUACCUGGACUGCUUCAGAGGGGCCGAGCGGCGCAGGACCGAGAUUGCGUGUGUUGCCUGGGCCGGACAGAUACUCGCGGGCUCAAGCUUUGCGUACAACUCGACUUAUUUUUUUCAGCAGAUUGGCCUCGGCACCGACACCAUAUACACGCUCAAUAUCGGGGGCAAGUCCAUCGCCCUGGCCGGCACCUUAGUAAACUGGGUUGCGCUAGUGCCCUACUUUGGCCGGCGCCAAAUCUAUCUUUGUGGACUUCUCACCAUGUCGGCUCUACUCUUUGUAAUCGGGGUGCUGAAUGUCUGGAAUCGAAACGCCGAUAUUGGAAUGGCACAGGCCGUGCUGACUCUUGUCUGGACAUUCAUCUUCCAGUUAUCUGCAGGUCAGCUGGGCUGGGCUGUUGCCGCUGAGGUCGGGUCAACGCGUCUCCGGCAAAAGACAAUCUGCCUCGCCCGAAACUCUUACCUUGUCGCCAUCGUCAUAUCCGAAGUCUUGCUGCCGUAUCUUAUGAACCCACGACAGUGGAAUCUAAAGGGCUAUACCGCCUUCUUUUGGGCCGCUACGGCAUCCCUCACCUUUUGUUGGGCAUUCUUCCGGUUGCCAGAGACCAAGGGUCGGACGUAUAAGGAGCUUGACUGGCUUUUUGCCAAGCGCACUCGUACGAGAGCUUUUGCCAAGGCCCCAGUCGAUCCGUCUGACAAAGUCUCGACACGCACCGUCCAAUACGAACCAGCAUUCUCCGAGUUUGCCUGUCUGUGUCUGUGUGCCUGCGUGGCAACAACAUCAUACAUCAUCGUCGUCGAAUUCGGCCGCUUGUUCUACGGCUCUACGGCUCUACGGCACUACGGCACUACGGCACUACGGCACUACGGCUCUACGGCUCUACGGCUCUACGGCUCUCAACACUAG